UGUUCUGUUUUCGACUAGUACGGCCUUGUGGCUCCUCUGUGAUCUGUUGUCAUUUUCCAAGCGGCUACCCGCCUGCCGCCUGCUCGCCACCAGCCUACUUUGAUCGAACAGUUUCUGAAAUAAAAUCUAGGAUGUUAGGAUGGAGUGUGGCCCAUUUCUGCCAGACAUUCUGGUGUUGGAGAUUUUCCUGCGUCUGCCCCACGACGCCGUGCUGAGAGCGGGCCUCACCUGCCGCCAGUGGCUGGCCGUAUCCAGAGACGAGUUCUUAUGGAGGGAGCUCUUCUACUCCUACUAUCGCAUCCCACGCACUGUACCCCAACACCCAGCGGCUGUGUCGUGGUACAGGGAAUUCAAGCGCCUCUUUGACUGUAUCCCGUGUGUCGAGGUUCAAACGCUGAAGGAGCACAGCGACCAGGUGCUCCAUUUGGCCUUCUCCCACCGGGGUCACCGCUUCUCCUCGUGCUCCAAAGACUGCACUGUCAAGCUUUGGGACACGGAGCGGCACGAUGGCAACAUCGCCUUGGUGCACAGCUCCAGCAUGCGGCAGUUCAACUGGGGCUACACGCAGUUCUCGCAGUUCAACGCCGACGACAGCCUGCUGCUCGUGUCCGGCGUCUACCUGGGCCCGCACCACUCCUCCUCGGGGGAGAUCGCCGUCCUCAGUCUUGAGAACUACACUCUGCUGUCGCGAGUGAGAAACAAGCCGUACGACGUGUUUGGCUGCUGGCUCAAUGAGACCCACCUGAUCUCAGGCAACCUGCACUGGAUCGGAAACAUGACCUCCUGCUCUGUGCUCUGGCUCAAUAAAGCCUUUCAGGAUAUCGAGUCUGAGAACAUCAACGUAGUGAAGCGCCUUUUCAAGAUCCAGAACAUCAACGCCAGCACCAUCCGCACCGUCAUGGUGGCCCACUGCCGUCGCCACGACAACCCCGACCUUCUGGUGGACUACGAUGCUCAGUGCCAGGCCCGCAGGCUGAAAGGUCAGCAGCGUCAGCCGCAUCAGCCGCUGCUCUUCGACUUGGGGACGUCCAGCAGCGAAGAGGACGAGGAGGAGGACGCGGUGAGCCCGAGAGACGGCAGAUGCCACGGCACGGCCGCGCAAGCCGCCGUCUCCAGCCUGGAGCACUUGAAGGAGAGUUGUAAGAACCUGGACCCCAGCCAGGUGGCCCUCGAGAGACAGGUGGCUCAGAUGAUGGGCCGGGUCCACACCAAAGCCCCGGACUCCAGCCUUAUGGACACCUCGAAGUCCGGCGACGGCGAAGACAAGACUUACUUAUUGUUUACCACCGGCAGCCUUACGUACUCUCCUCACCAGAUAGGCAUUAAGAGGAUCAAGCCGGACCAGAUGACCACCUGCGGACCCGUGCUGGGAGAAGAACGUAGCUCCUACGAGUUCUUUGAUUCGCUGGACCACGUCAUCGAUAUCCACGGGCACAUCAUCGGGAUGGGUCUCUCUCCGGACAACCGGUACCUGUACGUGAACAGCCGGGCGUGGCCCGCGGGCUGCAUUAUCUCGGACCCCAUGUGCCCGCCACCCAUCGCCGAGGAGAUCGACCUUCACGUAAUCGACUUAAAGAGUCUGAGGGAGGAGCGGCGUAGCCUUCGCGCCCACCGAGCUUUCACGCCCAAUGACGAGUGCUUCUUCAUCUUUCUGGACGUCAGCAGAGACUUUGUCGCCAGCGGCGCCGAGGACAAGCACGGCUACAUCUGGGACCGCCACUACAACAUCUGUCUAGCGCGGCUGGCCCACGACGAUGUGGUCAACUCGGUGGCCUUCAGCCCCGCCGACCAGGAGCUGCUGUUGUCCGCCAGUGACGACGCCACCAUCAAGGUGUGGCGCUCCCCCCGAGCUGUGCGCCUGGCGCAGGACGUCCUGGCGCAGGACGUCGCCCGUCGGUCCGCCCGCCGGUCGCACCGCCGCACCGGCUUACUGGCCUCCUGGCUCAACCGCGGCAGGGGCGUCAAUGGCAAGCCUUGAGGGACGCUGCCUGGUCACUAGGGGGCGCCGUUUCCUAAGCGCCACACUUGGACCGUUGACAGCUGUGCUGUGAACAACUGUCACAAAAUAUUUUUAACAGGAAAAAAAAAGACAUUUGUUUUAGCCCGCCCCCCCGCCCCUCUUCCGCACAGAGCUCCAGGCAUGACAUGGAAAAAAAAUCACUCGUGGCCACGGUAAAGAUAAAAUGUGUCUCCAAAAUGGUAAUUAGUUGCAUGAACUAUACCGAGCGGACAAAUUAUUUAUAUAAGAUGAUGAAAAAGGUGCAACCUGAUAACAACAUAUUAAUUUGUGAUUAUAAAAUACUAAAAUUUGGCCAGGAUAUAGAUAUAAUCUGUACAAACAAAUACUAAUUUGAAGCCAUGAAAUACAUAAAACAUAUGUACAAAUACUCAUUUGUAGCCAUAGUUUGUGAUCACAAAAUUCUAAUUUGUGCCCACAAAAUACUAAAUUGUUAUCCUGAAAUAUGACAUGAAAAAAAGGCCCAUGUCAUGUUUGGAGCUAUGUCAUCUGGAUACAUUUUUAAACAAGAAAAAUGAAAAAAUUUUCGCCUAUUUUUUUUUGUGAACAUCACUUCCUACUUUUUUGUGGACUGAUUUAAAAAGGAAAAAAAAAAAGAAA